CUGACCCCUCACGUGUAACCUUUCCCUUCCCUCCAUUUCAACAACGCUGAGGGAUCUGAAACAAAAGUUGGGCCUUGGUGUUAAAUAGCUUGUUGUGUUUUGUGACCUUUGAGAACUCUCUUUGAGCUACCCAGCUAGCUCUUGGGAGCCGGAAGUGUUGGUUAAAUAGCCUGAAUACUUGCGCAAGCGGAGUGGAAGCCUGAGGUGAAAAAUUAGGGUAGAAAGCACUAACAAACACACACAAACACCAACGUCAGAAAGGAAGCAAGGAGCACCAUGACACUGGAAGCGUUAGCUUCUGCUGAGCUUUCCAGCUUCCUCAUCUAUGACACCAUCACGGCCUCCCCACUCCUUCACCACGCUGAACCCUCCUCGAGCUCAAGCUUCCUCUUCCGCAGUGCCGGCGGCGAAGACGCAGUAGGCUCCCUUGGCAUCGGUCCUUCCCGUUCUGGAUUGGUGGGUGGCAUCCCCGCGGCCAAGGAGGAACCGAGGCCUGAGGCGGCAGCAGUAGGACAGGGAAAGAGGAAGCGGCGAAGGACGAGGACAUGCAAGAACAUGGAGGAAGCAGAGAACCAAAGGAUGACCCACAUUGCCGUCGAGCGCAACCGCCGCCGCCAGAUGAACGAGCACCUCGCAGUGCUGCGCUCGCUCAUGCCGGAGUCCUACAUCCAAAGGGGCGACCAAGCCUCCGUUGUUGGAGGAGCUAUCGACUUUGUCAAGGAGCUAGAGCAGCUUCUCCAGUCGCUGGAAGCACAAAAGAGAACACUGCAGCAACAGGCGGGGAAACAGGAGAGGAGUUCAUACAUCGGGGAAGCUGGAAGCAGCAGCAGCAGCAGCGGUAGCAGCGGUAGCAACAGCGACGUGGUCGAUUCCCCUCCCUUUGCCCAGUUCUUCUCCUUCCCGCAAUACAGUUGGUGCCACACCACCCAGGGCCAGGACCACCCUCCCUCGGAGAACCAGCUGCCGGCGUUGGCCGACAUCGAGGUGACACUGAUCGAGACUCACGCCAACGUCCGAAUCCUAUCGCCGAAGAGGCCCGGCCAGCUGUUCAAGAUGGUGGCUGGGCUUCACAACCUUAGCCUCACAAUCCUUCACCUCAACGUCACUGCCCUCGACUCCAUGGUGCUCUACUCUCUCAGUGUCAAGGUGGAGGAGGGAUGCAGUCUGACUGCUGUUGAUGACAUUGCAGCUGCCAUCCACCAUUUGCUUUCUCUGAUUGAAGCUGAGGUGACUGCCCUAGCUCACUAGGGCAAAUCAAUAACGGGUCCUGGGCCACUCUUUGAGUUUUCCAAAUCCUCUACAAGAGCGGUAUUAGCUGUUAACCACUUCUGCAUGUAAAGCUAUAUGAUCUGAUACCUUCCUUAA